GGUUUAUUUCUAUACAUGUAUAGACAUAAUACACAAGUAAUUUUUAAAAAUACAAGACUAUUGUCAAAGAUAUAGAGAGGCACUUCACCAUAGAGGCUAUGAUUAUAGUCAGGUGCCUGAGAUCAUACCCUGGCCUAGUGAAUUUAGGUAAGCCUUUUCUCUCUUCAGUUUCUUCAUCUGUAAAAUGGAGACAAUUAAUAGAGUCGUUGGAACAAUUGGAAAUAAUGUAAGGUGCUUGACACACCGCCUGAAAUAAUGUUGUGGUUUCAAUAAAUACUAGCUAUUAUCAUAAUUAUGUUUUACAGCUUUUUCCACCUGUCAUAUUGUGGGCAUCUUUCCAUGCUACUACAUGUGAUAACUACCUCAUUCUUUUUAUAUGGCAUAGUAUAACUUGUAAGAAUUAGGCAGUCCUGUAUUAUGUUAAUAGAUAUUUAGGUAAUUUCCAUUUUGUUAGUGCUCUGUAUAUAGUGCUCCAGAGAAUGACCUUGGAUAUCUUCUUGUGCUAUUCCUAUGAGAAGGGUCAAAUUCCAGAAUCUGUGGGAUCAAGAAAGGUAUUUAUUUACAAAUACCAAGCAUACCCCCUCUCUAAGGGAUAACACUGGGGUAGACACUGCUCAUUUCAAGUUUAUUGUUGCUCUACAGGAUUUUAGGCCCAUGUUUGGCCUAUCUUCUAAUCCAUUAUAUUUCUACACCAGGAGUGGCUGGAAAUUUGUACUUUGAUGUAAUCUUUCAUAUAUUAAAAAUGUGUUGUAAAUUAAAGAGGAUAUAUUCCAACUUCAGAGUCUUCAAUUUGAGUCCUGUAUCCUAGUAUUUUUCUGUAAGAUAGAUUGCUAGAGGUGAAGUUGCUAGGCAUAAGCUUUAAAAAAAUUUAUUGAAUAUUGCCAAAUUGCUUUUUAAAAUGAUGUACCAAGUUCACUUCCUUUGUGAUAGAUAAGAGUGCUCAUUUUCUUAUACCAGCACCAACAUUGGAGGUUUAUAAUAAGUCUUUUAUUUUUACCAGAUGUACAUCAGCUUUGUUUUUCUCCAGUCUGGCAGAAAAAAUGAUUGUCUUAAUUUACUUACUUGCUUUGCAGUGAAACUUUUAAAAAGUUGAUCUAAGAAUGUAUUAAGAAUACAGGUUUCCCUCGUUGUCCAAAAGUAGAGUGGUCCUAUGAGACCUUUUGUAAGCUGAACUUUGGAAUAAAGUGAAGAAGUAAUUACCUUAGGACACAUCUUUCUAACAGAUGCACAGAAGAAACUGAGGUAAAGCAUAGCUGCUCACAGACACAACAAAGCUGUGGUGGUUUGAUGUUGAGUAUACGUGUUUCCUGGGGAAGGAGCUUGGUGGUGCCACUCUUAACUGCUCAGGGUGCAUGAUGCCUCUGAAAUGGCUGGCUGCAAAACAAAUGCUGAACGCUGUUUCUGCAUUUUGCCUGGUUUCCAUAAAAGUGAAAAUCCUCUUUGGGUUUCAUUUAGCUAGCAAAAACAAGUACUAAUGUAGGUCUUUCAUUUGAGUAUUUGAUGCUUUCCUUACUGACUUGAAAUGGUUGUCAAUAAAAAUAUCUCCAAAGAUUGGUUAUACUUUGACUGUUUUGAAUAUAUGGCUAUUAAAUUACAGUUAGCAAAUCAUAGGAAUUUGCACUGUUUGUAAUUAUUUUACCAGAGUGGUUCUUGAUAUUUCAGAACCUACACGUUGGUUAAACUGGAUGCCUAAACUUUUGAAACAAGUAUUUAGCUGAAAUAAGUAGGCUACAGUCACAUGCCAGUUUCACAAGAAUGUUGCUGUUUCUAAGUACCUAAAUAUUUAUCCUAAUUAGAGGUGGGUCUUAGGCAGCCUAGCUUGGGGAAAGGGGAGACCUUUUGAGUAUUUGUUUAAAAACUUUCUAUGUUUGGAAACUGGUCUUUGGUGUCAGAAACAUGUUAACAGUUUUUAAAUUCCUAGUUUGCCAUCCAAAGCAGAGAAGAGAUACAAUAAAUUUUAAGAAAAAUCCAUAGAGGUACAACUUGCAAGGAAUAAUAUGACUACUGACAGAAGUGAAACCAGAGUGAUAUAUUUAGUAGUAGAAUCAGACCUGCUUCCUCUUUUUUUACUUCAUCAGAUUGCUUUUGAGUUGAGAGCAGAUUUUGUGGAGAGUUUUGAACGCCAUUACCAGAGGUCAAGGAAGGUCAAGGAAGCUGUGGUUUAGAAAGAUACACUUGGUAGCAAUAUGGAUGGUGGACUGGCAUAGCAAGGGAGUAGAAAGUAGAACCAAGAUGCCGAGAGUCAGAACAAGUGCAGUUGGAAUGGAACUGUUACACAGAAUAUUGCUGAAAUUAAAAAUAAUAAUGAAGGAAAGGUGGGCAUGUAUUCUGUGUAAGCUUUCCCUUGAUGAAAAUUUUAAGUAUUAAUAAACACCCUAUGUUCUAAGAGAGAGAAGAAUUCUGAAAGUAUUUAGUACUGUGCCCUCUUCCUCCUUGACCCCCAGAAAAGUGCAGUGAGGAAAGGAGUGUUUGUCAUUUGUAAUUUUGAGGGGCCCCAAAAUUCGUAUAUGUACUGUAUGUGUAGGUAUUUGUAUCUUGCUUCGGUCCAGAAAGGAUUAAGACUUUUAAGAAUGAUUUAAUCACAUGUUAAAAACUAGCAAGAUGUUUGCAUUAAAGAUGGAUGAAAAGGAAGAAUAAGGAUAGAGAUAUGAAACAGCAAGAAAUUAGGGUAAUAAAAUAGUUUUUACAGAAGUAUAGUGAUUUCUUUGAAUUUUUGUAGAAUAAAGAACCUGCUUGAAGGCCACUGGUUUUGCUCUUAAGAUUUCAGGCAGUAUCCUAAAGGUAAAUACAAAUAUGUUCAUGAGUUGAAAAUGAGCCAGUUGCUCAGAAGAAGCACAAGUGUUCCUGAUACUUGAAUUGAAAACCGGAGAGACAUUUUAAUGGAUCACAAAAAGUGAUGGACAUGGGCAGGUGUCUGAUGUGUUCAAGAAUGGGAGGAAGAGCUUUGCAUUCUUGGAAUUGAUAGCUGUCUGGUGUAUGGUUCCAGGAGAAAAACCUUCCAGUUACAACGCAGGGAUCACAAACACAGCUGCCACAGAAGCACUAUGGCAUUACCUCUCCCAUCAGCUUAGCAGCUCCCAAGGAGACUGACUGCCUGCUUACACAGAAAUUAAUUGAGACUCUGAAGCCCUUUGGGGUUUUUGAAGAGGAAGAGGAGCUGCAGCGCAGGAUUUUAAUUUUGGGAAAGUUAAAUAACCUGGUGAAAGAGUGGAUACGAGAAAUCAGUGAAAGCAAGAAUCUUCCACAAUCUGUAAUUGAAAAUGUUGGUGGAAAAAUUUUUACAUUUGGAUCUUAUAGAUUAGGAGUACAUACAAAAGGUGCCGAUAUUGAUGCAUUGUGUGUUGCACCAAGACAUGUUGAUCGAAGUGACUUUUUCACCUCAUUCUAUGAAAAGUUGAAAUUACAGGAAGAAGUAAAAGAUUUAAGAGCUGUUGAAGAGGCAUUUGUACCAGUUAUCAAACUAUGUUUUGAUGGGAUAGAGAUUGAUAUUUUGUUUGCACGGUUAGCACUGCAGACUAUUCCAGAAGACUUGGACUUACGAGAUGACAGUCUGCUUAAAAACUUAGAUAUAAGAUGCAUAAGAAGUCUUAACGGUUGCAGGGUAACCGAUGAAAUUUUACAUCUAGUACCAAACAUUGACAACUUCAGGUUAACCCUGAGAGCUAUCAAACUGUGGGCCAAACGCCACAACAUCUAUUCCAAUAUAUUAGGUUUCCUCGGUGGUGUUUCCUGGGCUAUGCUAGUAGCAAGAACUUGCCAGCUUUAUCCAAAUGCAAUAGCAUCAACUCUUGUACAUAAAUUUUUCUUGGUAUUUUCUAAAUGGGAAUGGCCAAAUCCAGUCCUAUUGAAACAGCCUGAAGAAUGCAAUCUUAAUUUGCCUGUAUGGGACCCAAGGGUAAACCCCAGUGAUAGGUACCAUCUUAUGCCUAUAAUUACACCAGCAUACCCACAACAGAACUCCACGUACAAUGUGUCCGUUUCAACACGGAUGGUCAUGGUUGAGGAGUUUAAACAAGGUCUUGCUAUCACAGAUGAAAUUUUGCUGAGUAAGGCAGAGUGGUCCAAACUUUUUGAAGCUCCAAACUUCUUUCAAAAGUACAAGCAUUAUAUUGUACUUCUAGCAAGUGCACCAACAGAAAAACAACGCCUAGAAUGGGUGGGCUUGGUGGAAUCAAAAAUUCGAAUCCUGGUUGGAAGUUUGGAGAAGAAUGAAUUCAUUACACUGGCGCAUGUGAAUCCCCAGUCAUUUCCAGCACCCAAAGAAAAUCCUGACAAGGAAGAAUUUCGCACCAUGUGGGUGAUUGGGUUAGUGUUUAAAAAAACAGAAAACUCUGAAAAUCUCAGUGUUGAUCUCACCUAUGAUAUUCAGUCUUUCACAGAUACAGUUUAUAGGCAAGCAAUAAACAGCAAGAUGUUUGAGGUGGACAUGAAAAUUGCUGCAAUGCAUGUAAAAAGAAAGCAACUCCAUCAACUACUACCUAAUCAUGUGCUUCAGAAAAAGAAAAAGCAUUCAACAGAAGGCGUCAGGUUGACACCUCUGAAUGACAGCAGCCUCGAUUUCUCUAUGGACAGUGAUAACAGCAUGUCUGUGCCUUCACCUACUAGUGCUAUGAAGACCAGUCCAUUGAACAGUUCUGGCAGCUCUCAGGGCAGAAACAGUCCUGCUCCAGCUGUAACAGCAGCAUCUGUGACCAACAUACAGGCUACUGAAGUCUCUGCGCCACAAGUAAAUUCCAGUGAAAGCUCAGGGGGUACAGCGAGUGAAAGCAUUCCUCAAACUGCCACACAGCCAGCCAUUUCACCACCACCAAAGCCUACGGUCUCCAGAGUUGUUUCUUCGACACGUCUGGUAAACCCAGCACCAAGACCUUCAGGAAACGCGGCAGCAAAGAUCCCUAACCCUAUAGUAGGAGUCAAGAGGACAUCCUCACCUCAUAAAGAAGAGAGUCCCAAGAAGACCAGAACAGAAGAGGAUGAAACAAGCGAAGAUGCUAACUGUCUUGCUUUGAGUGGACAUGAUAAAACAGAAACAAAGGAACAACUUGAUACAGAGACAAGUACAACUCAAUCAGAAACCAUUCAGACAGCGGCUUCUCUGUUGGCCUCUCAGAAAACAUCCAGUACAGACCUUUCUGAUAUCCCUGCUCUCCCUGCAAAUCCUAUUCCUGUUAUCAAGAAUUCAAUAAAACUGAGAUUGAAUCGGUAAAAACAACCUCAGGGGUCCAUAAACAAUAUCUGCCAACUCAACCUGUUGUCUUCAAAUGCUAAAAACGGAGAAUGGAGGGUACAAGACUAGACAUGACUGAAAACGGAUUUAGGUUUUUUCUGUGACCUCCCUUACUGGGCUAAUCAGCACUUGAUCGGAAGUCCAGGUUAGUAUGUGAAGCCAAGAGUACUAUUAUUAUUGUGUUAGCAACAGUUGCAUUACCUAUUUCAAAAAAUUACUGCCUUUAAAAAAAAAACAAAAAACAAAACCUCAAGCUAUAUUUGUAUCCAUAAUUGACAUCUGGACUGGGUUUAUGUUUGAUGCAUUGUUUGGAAAAUUUGCAAUACAAACUGGCAUAAGAAUUCCUUAUUCUGAUGAUGCACUUUUAUGUAUUUUUUUUAUUAGAAAGUAGAACUAAUUUUAGAUUUUCAGCUUGAUGGAUUUUCUUUUUUUCCUGAAGAAUUUCCUUUACCAUUAGUCUUCAAAUUGGAUGCCGUUGUGCGGCGGUGUGCUGUUACACUUCCGAGAAAGGAUGAGAGUAUACCUAGCUCAUAGCUCAGUCCCUGUGAGGUAGCUGUAACCCUUAAAAAUGAAAUGUCAACUCUAGGGUAUAUAUUUGACAUUGAAAGAAUAAUUAGGAAUACUUUGUUUUGAUGGGGUCAUGAUUAAGAAAUGAUAUAUUGGUUUUAUUUAUAGAAUUGUUUAGAGUGCAUACAAAUCAGCGAUCAGCCAGCGAAUAUUUUUCUUUGAGCUUAUUAAAGCUCCAUAUUCUUUUGCCUUCAAUCUGUUGUCUUUGAAAUAAACAAAGCUUUUUGCUCCCUCCCCCUUAUUUUUCUUUUCCCCUUUUUGCUUGUAUGCAUAAGGUAGGACUUACUUCACAAGAAACAAAAUGCCAGUAUUUUCGUAAGCCAUGGUGUGAAACCAGUGACCCUGUGGCCACAUGGCACAGAACACUAAAUUUUGGUCCCAUGGCUGAAACUGUAGGGUGACUAAAAUAAUGCCUGUGAAACAUGAUAUCUAUCUUGGAUGGCCAUUUGAUCUCUAAAUAUGAGGAAUUUUGUACACUCCACAGAACUCCUGUCUAUAGUAAAGUUGAUUUUCAAUUUUAAACAUGUGGGUGAAAAGGCAUUUUCUCCAAGAAUUUUAAACUAAUUUUUAUUUUUAAAUGAUUGACCAAAAUUUGUCAGUAAAUUUUACAUGUAGUAACAUUUUAAAAUCAUUUCUAGCAAGCACUUGACAUCUAGUUAGCUCUCUACUCCUUUUUUGUUUUGUUUUAUCUGUCAAUAGACUAAGAACUCCUUUCUUUAAAGAAAAUAAUUCCUCAUAAUUAAGCAGCAGAGCAUUCAUCUUUACCAAAUACGAGGGAUGCCAGAUGUUGAUAUACUUAGUUAUUCUUUCUUAAUCUGGACAAAGCAGACCUAACAGAUUUUCCUGAUGAGCAUGUUUUAUGAAUCCUCCAUUGUGCUCCCUUCUGUCACACGUGCAUUUUUCAUGUUAAACUGCAGUUACUUAAAGUCUUCUCCUAUUCUUCUAAAUUAAUUUUCCAAAGUUGGAGUGUAGUCUUUUCCCCUUAGGCCAUGCAUUAAUUGAAGCUUUCUUUUCACCAUACUUUAGAAUGUCUAGUUCACACUGUUUCUGCUUCCCACACCUUUGCUCCGCACAGUCACCUUGCCCUCCUCCCGCCACCUAAGAAGAAAAGAUGGUCAGACUAACAGGUGAAGUGUACAAGGUGUCUGUGUGUUUUGUGUAGCUUCAGAGUUAGAUUGAAAUUGCCAGGCACAGAUUUAGUCUUGUCAUUUUGUUUACACAUCGGGGAAAAAGAAUUCAGUUUAUUAAACGUUUCAUGUAACUGCACCCAAGUUUUGCCAAGCUGGAAACUUGGACCUUUUCUGUGUAGUGACUUUUUAAUUCUAGUUUUCAUAACCUGGAGGUCAGACUGUUGCUUUCGCAUGAUGUACGUAGUGUCUCAUGACUGGAGUUUGCUUUGUUUUAUAGUAUCUGUACUCCUUGUAUUUUUCAAGAGCUAUUUUGUAAACAGAUGAUGUAUUUCUCCAUUGAAAACACAAUAAAAAAAAAAACAGCACAAUCCCA